CCUCGCCCUUGCUCGCCCGCGCCGGCCGGAAUCCCGGUGCCCGGGGCGUCCCGGGGGGCGGUCCGCCCCGGUGAUGGCGCAUAAAACCGCUGGCCACCUGCCGGGCCGCUCCUCCGUGUGCUGCGGGCCUCGUCUUCGGAGUCGCUGCCUCUAUCACCUCCGUCCCCGUCUCGGUCCCUUCACAGGCGCGGAACCCCGCGAGCACCGCGCGGGCGCCGGGGCGCGCAGACAUGGGCAACCUCUCUAGAGCGCGCCGGGUGACCGCGGCGCUGGGUUUCAUCGGGCUCCUCUUCGCCGUGCUGGGCAUUAUCAUGAUCGUGAUGGUGCCCUCAAUCAUCAAGCAGCAGGUCCUCAAGAAUGUGCGCAUCGACCCCAACAGCCUGUCUUUCAACAUGUGGAAGGAAAUCCCUGUCCCCUUCUACCUUUCUGUCUACUUUUUCAACAUCCUCAACCCCGAGGAGAUCAUCCAAGGCCAGAAGCCACAGGUGCAGGAGCGCGGGCCUUAUGUGUACAGGGAGUUCAGGCACAAGAGCAACAUCACCUUCAACAACAAUGACACGGUGUCCUUCCUGGAGCACCGCAGCUACCAGUUCCAGCCGGAUAAGUCCCGCGGCCAGGAGAGCGACUACAUCGUCAUGCCCAACAUCCUGGUCCUGAGUGCGUCAAUGAUGAUGGAGAACAGGCCCGGGAUCUUGAAGCUGAUCAUGACCUUGGCGUUCAGCACCCUUGGCCAGCGUGCCUUCAUGAACCGCACUGUUGGCGAGAUCAUGUGGGGCUAUGACGACCCCUUAAUCCACCUCAUCAAUCAGUACUUCCCAAACUCACUCCCCUUCAAGGGCAAGUUUGGCUUAUUUGCUGAGCUCAACAACUCCGAUUCUGGCCUCUUCACCGUGUUCACAGGGGUCAAAGACUUCAGCAGGAUCCACCUCGUGGACAAGUGGAAUGGAGUCAGCAAGGUCAACUUCUGGCAUUCCGAUCAGUGCAACAUGAUUAACGGAACUUCCGGGCAGAUGUGGGCACCAUUUAUGACCCCUGAAUCCUCGCUGGAAUUCUACAGCCCCGAGGCCUGCCGGUCCAUGAAGCUCAUCUACAAGGAGCAGGGGAUGUUUGGAGGCAUCCCCACCUUUCGCUUCGUGGCUCCCAGCACCUUAUUUGCCAACGGGUCCGUCUACCCACCCAACGAGGGCUUCUGCCCGUGCCGGGAGUCCGGAAUCCAAAACGUCAGCACCUGCAGGUUCAAUGCACCCUUGUUUCUCUCCCAUCCUCACUUCUACAACGCUGACCCAGUCCUGGCAGAGGCAGUGUCUGGCCUCCAUCCUAACCCAAAAGAACAUUCCUUGUUCCUGGACAUCCACCCGGUCACCGGAAUCCCCAUGAACUGCUCUGUGAAACUGCAGCUGAGCCUCUUCCUUAAGUCUGUGAAAGGCAUCGGACAAACUGGGAACAUCCAGCCAGUGGUCCUGCCGCUAAUGUGGUUCGAAGAGAGCGGUGCAAUGGAGGGUGAGACCCUUCAGACAUUCUAUACCCAGCUGGUGUUGAUGCCCAAAGUGCUGCAGUAUGCCCAGUAUGUGCUCCUUGCCCUGGGCUGCAUCCUACUGCUCAUCCCCAUCAUCUACCAAAUCCGGAGUCAAGGUUCCAAAUAUGCCAUCAGCCAGCCCAGUCUGGCCGCUCAGCCAGACCAGCUUCCCAGCCCCUACACCCCGCUUCUUCAGGACUCACUCAGUGGACAGCCCACCAGUCCCAAAGUCUGAGCCCCCACCUCCUGCACAUUGCACGCACGCACGCACACACACACACACACACACACACACACACAUACACAUGCAUGCCCCUGGCACGUGUCCACACGAGUGCACAGGUGUGUGCAGACACUCAGGGAUGGAGCCGCUGCUGAGAAACUUGGGGGAAAGACUGGUCAACAAGGACUGUUCUGGAAACUUCUCUCCACGUAAUCCACAGGCCUGACCAUAGGUGCUAUGGGCACGGGGUCCCCUAGCCCAGGCCCUUAAUGACUCACGUCACCUCUCCCCAGCGGUCCGCUCCAUCUGUCUUGAAACACUGCAGCUCCUUUCUGGUGGCUCACCCAGGCAGGACAGGGCGUUUACCCUGAGAGGCUGCCACUGUCCCCAAAUCCAGCCCAGGAGCGCUGACUUCUUGUGACCGAACCUGGUGGGCAAGGUUUUGUGGUUCAGCGCCCAGCCCGGACCAGAGCUGUAGCCACUGGACUCCCAUCUGGGCCUCAGAAAUGGAGAUGCAUCAUAAACCCCCCGCAGGAUCAUGGGUUUGGGUGUCUAGGUCCCUUCCCUCCAGCCUAAACUGACAUCGUCCUGUAUACUGAGCCAGUCACUUCCUGGCUGGAGUGGCGGAAGGCUGUGCCCUGAGCUGCCCGCCACCAAGGUCUGCAGCUCUCAGGCGCCAGGGCAGAGGUAGAGAGGCUCCGGGACAUCAGCCUGGGUGUCUGGUCAGGAGACCCAUCCGUCUGGGACUCCUGGUCUCUGGGACAAGCAAGCCUCUGUCUCUUUUCUACUGGAAGAAAAACUGAAUAUCAUCUUUUAAAAAUAAUUCAUCAUUGAAUUAAUAAACCUUUUUAAAAAGUGA